UGUUGAUGGUUAGGAGGCAUGUAAGUGGCGUCCGCUUCAGCUCUCCAAAGCUGUGAGCUUUGGCUGGGAGUGACGCGGCGCACUCUGCCUUUCCAAACAGAAAAAAACCCACCUGUAUGGACGAGCAUACUCCCAGCGCUGUCCAGUCGCCUUCUUCAGCCGAACACAACGGCAGGAUCGCGGUUGAGAAGGGGGGUUAUGGAGAGGUGCAGAGGGACGUCAUGACGGUGGAAAACAUGCUGGAGGAGUCGGCCGUGCUCUCGGCGCCUCACCUGGCUGUGGAUCGAUAUGAGUGCAGCCGCCAGGGAUGUUGCGAGAGGGUGGUCAUCAACAUCUCGGGUUUACGCUUCGAGACUCAACUCAAAACUUUCAACCAGUUUCCAAACACGCUGCUCGGGGACCCGAGAAAAAGGAUGCGCUACUUUGACCCACUCAGGAAUGAGUACUUCUUCGAUAGGAACAGACCGAGCUUUGAUGCUAUCUUGUAUUACUACCAGUCAGGAGGGCGCAUUCGAAGACCUGUUAACGUCCCCAUUGAUAUUUUCUCAGAGGAGAUUCGGUUUUACCAGCUUGGGGAGGAGGCCGUGGAGAAAUUCCGUGAGGAUGAAGGGUUUAUUAAGGAGGAGGAGCGUGUACUGCCCAAAAAUGAUUUCCAAAAACAGGUUUGGCUUUUGUUUGAGUAUCCUGAAAGCUCUGGACCUGCAAGGGGAAUAGCCAUUGUUUCAGUGCUUGUGAUUCUAAUUUCAAUCGUUAUUUUCUGCAUGGAGACUCUGCCUGAAUUUCGGGAUGAAAAAGACAUAUCCACAGUGGAACCCACAGUGAAUGGCACUGCUCCAAAUGUGCCAAACCCCUUCACAGACCCAUUCUUUGUCAUAGAAACACUGUGUAUUAUAUGGUUCUCUUUUGAGUUACUGGUCAGGUUUUUUGCCUGCCCCAGCAAAACCACUUUCUCCAAAAACAUCAUGAAUAUUAUUGACAUUGUCGCCAUAAUUCCUUACUUUAUUACUCUGGGGACAGAGCUGGCCGAGAGCCAAACAAACGGCGGUCAGCAGGCGAUGUCCCUCGCAAUCCUGAGGGUGAUCAGACUGGUAAGAGUCUUUCGCAUUUUUAAGCUCUCGCGACACUCAAAGGGACUCCAGAUUUUGGGACAGACGCUCAAGGCCAGCAUGAGGGAACUGGGCUUGCUCAUCUUUUUUCUCUUCAUCGGAGUCAUCCUCUUCUCCAGCGCUGUUUACUUUGCAGAAGCAGACGACCCCACGUCGAGCUUCACCAGCAUUCCAGACGCGUUCUGGUGGGCAGUUGUCACAAUGACCACAGUCGGAUACGGGGACAUGCAUCCGGUCACUAUUGGUGGCAAAAUAGUGGGGUCGCUUUGCGCAAUAGCGGGCGUGUUGACUAUUGCCUUACCCGUGCCAGUGAUUGUAUCGAAUUUCAACUACUUUUACCACAGGGAGACGGACGGAGAGGAGCACCAGCAGUACCUUAACACGGGCAGCUGCGAGCAUCUCCCCUCCGACGAGCAGAGAAAGUCGUGCAGCUCCUCUUCCCUCAGCAAAUCAGAGUACAUGGUUAUUGUAGAAGGCUUCAACAGUGCGUUCAAGCAGCCCAACUUUACAACAGAGACCAAUCAGAACUGCGUGAACAUAAAAAAGAUCUUCACAGAUGUGUGACGUAAAUGAUCUAUAGUGGAUCUAUAAUGAUCUUUAUGAAGCAUAAAGAAAUAAUAGAUCUUGUAAAGUUGAUGUAUAGCCAGUCGUGAUGUGUCAGUCCAUAUCUGUGGCUGAACGCUCUAGAUGUCCGUUUUAACAAACUUUAAUGGGCCUAAGAGAGCUAACUGACUGUACAAUCUCUUUAUAAGUCGAGUGUAUUGUUAAAACAGAUAUAUUUUAGUGUACAACGCCACACGAUGCCUACAUAUCGUGGUGUUAUAAUUGCAGUGUUCUCCGUGUUGGGAUACACGUGUAGCAUUUACUCCUGCCAGCCCAUUAAAAAACAGCGUGUUGUGCUUCGUGGAAAGACCAGUUCCUUUGUCCAGAAAUGUUAAUAUAUUAUGGUAAUAAUUGUAGCCGAAUGUCUGUUUAGGUUAUAUCUAAUAUCAGAAGCUGUCCACGUGUUGCACUCUGCCGUCUUGUUUAGAGGUGGAGAGGGAAAAUGCUUAUCGUGAAUUAAAAGCUGUAUUUUCAUUCAGAAAUACUUAUAUAGCCAAUAUUGAAUAAAAACGGAAAUUAAGA